CGGUCCGGUCACUUGCCUUUCUUCCUUUCGAAGUUCGAGACACAGAGAUUAAUGCAAGAACCGGUACCGGGCAUUUCGGCAGUUCCGGAUGACCACAAUGCCAGGUAUUUCCACGUAGUUGUAGCGGGUCCACAGGAGAGUCCUUUCGAAGGUGGACUUUUCAAGCUGGAAUUAUUCUUGCCGGAGGAAUAUCCAAUGGCAGCACCGAAGGUUCGUUUCAUGACUAAAAUUUACCACCCAAACAUCGACAAAUUAGGCCGCAUCUGCUUAGAUAUCUUGAAAGGUUUGCCUUUUGCAUUUAUAACUGUGCUGUUGUCUAUUCAGGCAUUGCUAUCCGUUCCAAAUCCGGAAGAUCCACUGGCCACCGAUGUUGCGGAGCUUUGGAAGAACAAUGAAGCUGAAGCGAUAAGACUGGCAAAAGAAUGGACUCGAAUGUACGCUAUGGAUCGAUGA